CGAGCGACGCUCUGACAGCGAACAUGGACUGUCUCACGCGAAAACAUAAAUAAAUGGCCACCGUUGUUAUUAGACUCCUUAUAACCACAAGAUUUCAUGUUUCUAAAAUGGACGCCGAUAACGAGGAUCGGCAGAGGGACCUAAUAUCUCGGCGGGAGAAACGGUGGAGCAUGAAUUCCCAGAGGCUCGAGCAGAUCGUGGCGGAGCUGAUGCGCCCCAUUGGCGACCUCCGCCGCAGCUUCGACACGGACCUAUGCGCGUUAUUAGAAGAAUACCUCACCGAGGCAGGUCUCCAUGCACUCGAAGAGGAGAUACCCGGCUCACAAGUGGUGGCGCCCAACUUUGCAGAGCUAGCGUUACUGCUGCAACAGAGCGCCAACAUUUACGGACGGAAGGUGGACCUGUUGUACCAACACGUGCUUGAGUGCAGCGAGUCUUUACACACUAAUACUGAAAUCAACGACACAUCUCACGCGGAGGCGGACCCCGAGGCGGAGGAGUCCCCUCCGCCGCGACCCCGCAGCGCCGCAAGCGCCGCGCCUCGGCCGCCGCCGCCGCCGGCUGGGCGCGCAUCAGCCUCGAGCCCUCCGAGGCCGCCCGCCGCGAGGCAGACCUGA